AUGUCGCAAGCAGCCAUUCCGGACUUCACCUACACCCCAGGCGACCUGACGGAGCCCCAAUUCCGGCUGCCCACGCACCAGCAGUUGCUGGACCUCAACCGGAAUCCGCCGGAGCCAGUGCCCCUCAGUCGCCUCACCUUGGACACCAGGGAGACCCAGCCGAUCAAGUACCGAGAGCAGCUUGGCUCGGCGGCAGGCCGCCAGUUUCCUGCCUUGGCAGCGGCCCAAAAUCGCUACUCGGAUCACCUGGAGCGGAGCAGUGAACUCAGCCUGACGGCCUUCGAUCCCGGCAAGGAUCUCAUCUCUCUGCCUACGGUGGCUGCCACCCCCAGCGGCCGCAACUACGACCCGGAUCCGGAUCUUAUCAAGAAGAUGCCGUUGCACUCGAUCACGGAGAAGCCCAACGAGCGCUGCCCAUCGCCGGUGGUCCCGGCCUACGCCAACUUCGAGCUGGCCAAGCGGAUGCAUCAGGACAAUUUGGACCACCAACCGCUGCCGGACUGCGUGGCCGAUCUGGCCUUUCGGCGGGCGCAAAUCUCCGGCGGCCAUGCCGGCCUCUCGCUGGAAAUUGAUCCCAUUGCCACGGGCGUGGGCGUAAAGACGCACAAUGCCGGCCCGACGCACUGCACCAAGAUGAAGGUGUUCCGCCCGAAGACCGGUGGCGGCAUAGUUCCCAAGGCUCUGGGCGGCGGUGAUCCGUUCCGGGGUGUUGGCUCGGCGCCGGCCAAAAAAAUGGGUCCCAUGGACCUGGCCAUUUGCUGGGACUUUAAGCCGGCGAAUCCGUCAGAUGAACCGCGUCUGGCCCGGCACAUUGAUGGCUCCAAUGACUCCGCCGGCCCCGCGGUCUUCACCUGUGUGAAGACACCGCGCGAGGAGCAGUCCGCGGAUCUGGGCAGAUCGGCCGGCGUCUUCACCAGCACGCUGGGCGAGGCGGACUUUUUCGACAAGGAUAUACUGCGGCGACGAACGGACUUCGGAGGAGCCCGGCUGGACCGGGAGGAUCCCUGUGCCUGCGAUUACUCGCCGCCCGCCCGCCAAAGGGCGCGCAGUGUGUCCCGGGACUCGAGUGCCUCGCAAUGCCGCCGCCCAGGAUUGGGUUCCGGCGGUGGCGGCGGCGGAGUGAGCUUUGGAAAUCUGGCGGAGCUGCCCGGACGGGGCAUGCCCGAUCGCCUGGCCAAGCAGUAUCAGUCGUCGCCUCUGCUGGGCGACAAGACUUACCAAGCGCUAAGGGAGAAGUACUUGGGUCCGGACUCGGCCCAGGAGUGCCAGCCGAUGGACUGCAGGCCCUCGGGCGGACCGGCCUGCAAGCGUGACGUCCUGCUCCGACGUCCGGCCCGCCGUCUCUGCCACAAGGUAGGUCCCGCUCCGCGCUGCUGUCCCCCGGCCUUUGGCCACGGACACGGACACGGACAUGGCCAUGGACAUGGACACUGCCUGACCAGCAAGGCAGCCUUUCGGGCCGGCGUGCCCAAGCACAAUGCCUCUGGGGAUUUUGUGGGUGUGGAGCCGCCCUGCGGCGGUGGCGGCGGGGGUGCUAGGGUCUUGGUGGUGCCACGCCCCCGACAGCCGUACUCCAAGAAGAACUAUGACAUUGAUACACUGGUGCCGCCGUUCCAGAGCCAGGCCGGCGGAGCGGGUCAGGGCGGCUAUCCGGAGCACUGGCGGCUGGCCAGUGUCUACCAACAUGCCUACAAGCCGUUGGACCAGCGAAGGCGACCCCUCCUCCAAACUGUCUACAAGUAG